AUGCUCUUCUCCACUACCAUCUUGAGCCUCGCCGCUCUCUCCACCACCGUCCUGGCCGCACCAAGCCCUUGGAACAACAACGGUAAGGGCAAUGGCAGGAACUGGGGCAAAGACCGCGACUGCAAGAAUGGUCCUUUCGAAUUCACUUCGACCUACAACAUCGUUGCCACUCCCGAUCAGGUCGUCAACGGUACCACGCCUACGGGCGGUCUUCCCGGCGCCAUCGGCUACUACAACUUCGGCAUCAACAGCGACAAAGACCUGAUCUGCUGGUCUAUCACCCUUAACGGCUUCCGUGGAAACUACCAGUCUCCCGCCAGGACAGCAACCCACAUCCACCAAGCUGCAAAGGGAGCUAGUGGGCCCCCUCGUCUCGCUUUCCCAAAUCCUGUGGGCGACGAGAAGGAAGCCAUCAGUGUCGGCUGUAUGACUGGCCCAUUCACCACGGGCGUUUCGACCAAUGGCGUGGACUCAGGCGCAGGGUUCAAGGUGAAGCAGAUUGAGGAUGAUCCCGCUGCUUUCUUCGCAGACGUGCACUCCAGUCUGGCUGUUCCUGGUGCUGUACGUGGGCAGCUUGCUUAG